AUGCCACCCCUCUCCCAUCCUCCGCUCCCCCGACUCAUAACCUACUACCAAACCCACCACACCCCCUCGGGCACACCCAUCUCGGUCCUCCCCCUCCUCCAGAACCCAGGCAUCUCCGUCACCCACCUGAUCCUCGCCGCCAUCCACAUCAACGAAGAACCCUCGAACCUCACCCUCAAUGACCACCCACCGUCCCACCCGCGCUUCACCGCCCUCUGGGCCGAACUGCGCAUCCUCCAAGCAAGCGGCAUCAAAGUCUUGUGCAUGCUGGGCGGCGCCGCCAAGGGAUCUUUCGCCCGCCUCGACACGAUGAUGGCCGAUGAGCCAACCUUUGAGCGCUACUACGCGCCGUUGGCCGAGCUGAUCCGCACCCACGGCCUCGACGGCAUCGACCUGGACGUGGAGGAACCCAUGUCGCUGGCGGGCAUCAUCCGGCUGAUCGACCGGCUGCGGGCCGAUUUCGGGCCCGAUUUCCUGAUCACGCUGGCACCCGUCGCGGCCGCGCUGCUGAACUGCGAGCACAACCUUAGCGGGUUCGACUACGAGGCGCUCGAAGUGAUGCGCGGGCGCGAGAUUGCGUGGUAUAACGCGCAAUUUUACUGCGGGUGGGGGGACUGUAGCAACCCGGCCAUGUACGAGAUGAUUCUGAUCAAGGGGUGGCAGCCUGAGAAGAUUGUGGUCGGUUUGGUGACGAACCCCAAGAAUGGCAGCGGGUGGGUGCCGUGGAACAUGCUGGGCACGGUGCUCCCCGUGCUGGUCGGGAGGCACCCGCGGUUUGGCGGGGUCAUGGGAUGGGAAUAUUUCAAUUCUCUGCCCGGCGGCGAGGGGAAGCCGUGGGAGUGGUCGCAAGUCAUGACCGCGUUGCUGCGCGGGAGGAGGACGGCGCCUAGUAUCGAAGAGAUAGAGGGUGUCUUGAAGGCUGAAGGAGGGCGACACGGCGCUCCCGAAGAGGUGGAUGCAGACGAUGGAGGGGAGGGAGACGCGGCACCGGUGCCAAGGGAGUUUGACUACCACUCGGUCGGGGGAAGCGAAGAGGAUUAG